UCUUUCUCUACCUCUCUCUCGCCCUGCUCAACAGGAUGCUGUUACUUCUUUUACAGCUAGGGCAGCUGAGUGCUGUUUCCUGACUUUCCUUUUUUGCCCACCCAAAGAAUUACAGAGUGUGUGUGGGUGCGCGUGUGUGUGUGUGUGUCCAGAGAGAGAGAGAGUCUGAGAGAGAGACAGUUCAUGGAAUGCUGUGAUGUCAUCAGCCCAGUCACACACAAAGGCAAGGAAGAAGAACCGCUGUGGAAGCCUCCUUCUCCCGGGUAGUCACUCUGUUGAGGAGCGCCUUCACCCCACUGGUCUCCCAGCAAUGGCUGCCUGACGGGAGCUGAGGACGACCGACACGUGAGUGUUUCUGCCGGUGUGUGAGGAGGGAGUGUCAUCACAGAAGACGUCAGAGGAAGCAGCCUACAUCUGUCUGUCUGUCUGUGUGUGUGUGUGACAGAGGAACCUCCACCUUCUUCCCCUCAUGAAGCUUGUUUAGAAACAGACUCAUCUUCAGGAAACUGACGACCUAACGGGUCAGGACUGCACCCAAACGCGUCCUGCUGGACCGGGGAACCUGCUGGAACAGACCUCAGCUCGCUAACCCACCGCCACCAUGCUGCAGCAGAUCCUAAAGGACAUGUACAUUGACCCGGAUGUGUUGGAGGCCCUAAACGAGGACCAGAAGAAGACCCUGUUCCUGAAGAUGAGACAGGAGCAGGUACGGCGCUGGAAGGAACGCGAGGAGAAAGAAGGCGACCAUCGACCAAAGCCAAAGACAGGCACCAGUAAGAAUGUCAGCUGGCUGCUGGGCAGGGAUGGAGACGUGGCGGUCAUGGUGAUUGGAGAAGUGGACGAGCUGAAGACCUCCAAACUCAUUUGCUCCGGGUCUGCGGAGAGGAAAUCUCCAACGCUCCACGACAAUGCAAGUCACCAGAUAACCCCCCUGAAGAGCAACCUGGUUGAUAGAGUUGGCUCAGAACCAUUCAGAACUGGAAGAGAAAACCUGCCUACUAAAACACAGCCUUGGAUACAUCUCAAUGUAAAGCAGGAGAAUGGUGAGGAAUUGAGGACAUUGCCCCCUCUAGAGGUGUCACAGAAAGACAAUGACCAACUUGCAUUGGAAGAACAGGUUGGGCUGAAUAAGGAGUUGGAGGUAGAAGCUCCGGAGGAAACGCCAGUCCUGCUGUCCUACAGACCUCACCCCAAAGUUGGCCCUUCCACACUUUCCCUUAUUCCCAAGACUGUUACGUCGCCCCCCGUCUCCAGCUCCUCACUGAGCCGCAUCUCCAGCUCCUCUCCUCCACCCGUCUCCAGCUCCUCACCUCCACCCGUCUCCAGCUCCUCACCUCCACCCAUCUCCAGCUCCUCACCUCCACCAGUCUCCAGCUCCUCCCAGACCCCUUUCUCCAGCUCCAAAAACCUCAUCAGAGACACUCUAGAGAAGAGCUCUGCCAAAGCUUCAAAAAAGGCUAUCACACCGACCCCUGUCGAGCCUCCACCCUCUGUCCCCAAAACAGUCCCAAUGACCCCUGUCGACUCUCCACCCUCUGUCCCCAAAACAGUCCCAAUGACCCCUGUCGACUCUCCACCCUCUGUCCCCAAAACAGUCCCAAUGACCCCUGUCGAGCCUCCACCCUCUGUCCCCAAAACAGUCCCAAUGACCCCUGUCGAGCCUCCACCCUCUGUCCCCAAAACAGUCCCAAUGACCCCUGUCGAGCCUCCACCCUCUGUCCCCAAAACAGUCCCAAUGACCCCUGUCGACUCUCCACCCUCUGUCCCCAAAACAGUCCCAAUGACCCCUGUCGACUCUCCACCCUCUGUCCCCAAAACAGUCCCAAUGACCCCUGUCGAGCCUCCACCCUCUGUCCCCAAAACAGUCCCAAUGACCCCUGUCGAGCCUCCACCCUCUGUCCCUAAAACUUCCAAACCGUCCCCUCUUCCCAGCACCAUCGCACUUUCCCCAACUCCAAGAACCACCUCCCCCAUACUCAGUCGUGUCCAGACACCUCCGCCCCCGAUUGCGACAUCGUUCCAAACCCCCAGCUUCUCCCGCUCUCCGGUCCCUAGCAUCUACACCCCAGCCCCUUUCCACAGGGCCAUCGGGGCCUCAUCUGUAGCUAGAGGCACAGCCAUAAGGGAAUCUCUAAAGAACACCGCCAAAACACACUCUCCAGAGAAGGUCGACGUUACACCGCUGUCCGGAACAUCAAGACUCCACCCACAGGAGCCAGCCGAGGCCCAACCGCAGGAGACACCGAGCAGCCGAGAUAUCCGUGUGACGGCGGCCUCUCGCAGGGCCAUGUCGGAGGACGUGUUGUCUGAGGGGGGCGUGGACACCUUGACGGGGCGUGGCCGGGUGGCUCAGCUCAUGAAGACCUUCAGCGUGAAGAGCCCCCCGACCCCAGUGCAGUCCCCUCCCCCCCGUGGCAACAAGCCCCCGAUCCCUUCCAAGCCCUGCCACCUACGUCUGACUCCCAGCCCCUCACUUAGGUAAUCCAAACUCGACCACGCCACCGACCGACCCCAAGCCACACCCCCCUGGCAGACCCCACUGCUGGACAUCUAGAAGCAAAGAGGCCCUCGGGAACUCCCCCAAACCGUUGAGUCCAAAACCGAUGCAAUCGGAAAAAGAGCGUUUAACGUUUUUAACUUGUGCCAUGUUCCUUUGUUUUAGUUAGGAUUUUGAAAUUGUACAGUACUGUAACUUUCACGGGGAAAAGAACCAAACGUGUUGAUUGUAAACUUUGUAUUCUGCCUUUUCAUAUUCACAAAGGUAUCAUUGACCGUAUAAUGCUAUGCCAUCUUUUUAUAUUGUUAAUUUUUUUAUGAUAUCAUAUACCACUUUAUUUUCCAAUUAACAUAAAAUAAUUUCAUAAAGCCUGUCUGUUGCUAUCAAGGUUGUGAAACUGCACUUGAGGCGCAACAAAUCGUGACAAACAUCAACUUGAAGGACACAUCUACCAAUGUUUAUUUGGUUGGUAAGAGCAGAAUUGCUGGCAAAUAUCUAUAGAGGAACUUGUUCAGUGUACAAAUAAUGACAAGGCCAAAGGGUUCCCGCAUUGCUGUCGUGACCAAGUAGAUGACUAGCAUUAGGGUAUGGAUGGACGAAGAAGUAGUGUGAGAUGACUAGCAUUAGGGUAUGGAUGGACGAAGAAGUAGUGUGAGAUGACUAGCGUUAGGGUAUGGAUGGACGAAGAAGUGUGAGAUGACUAGCGUUAGGGUAUGGAUGGACAAAGAGGUAGUGUGAGAUGACUAGCGUUAGGGUAUGGAUGGACGAAGAAGUGUGAGAUGACUAGCGUUAGGGUAUGGAUGGACGAAGAAGUAGUGUGAGCCGGCUCCUCCAUAAUAAGGAGAAAAGUGUUUAGCUUCUUUACCCACACAUCUCCCUGGAUGACACCUGGCCAAAGCAGCACCUCCUGAUGGACCCAUGGUAGCGCCAGAUAUCUGAGCUGUGCACCGUUAACCCAAACACUGGCAAGCCACUCGGUCCAAUUAGUAAUUUUCAGACCUGGUUAUCUAUCUCUUACUGUUUUUCUUAUUUCUCCUCGGUGGUGUAUCUCACUUAUGACCGGUUGCACUUGUUCUUGUUCAUUAUGUUUAUGGUGGGAGCGUGGUGAUCUAUGUGGUGUCUGUGGUAACACAAUGUGUGCGGGUGUGUGCGUGCGUGUGUGUGUGUGUGAUGCUAGGCAUGUGUGGCACCAUCACGGUGGAACAAUAAAAUCAUUUGACCUCU